AUCAUCUCUCAUCUGUUAUCACUUUGUUAUUUCGUGCUCGUGAUUUUGCGAUUUUUGCGAAUUUUGCCGAUCUUGGCAUUGUCGCUGGACCAGCUGAUCUCGAGAUUCUCGAGUGUUCUCGAGCUCGAGGUAUCCACGAUCAGAUUCACGAGUUUUCGAACUUUUCGCUCGGUGCCUAAGUGUGUUGACCGUCGUUUACGGGAUGGACAGUCAGGUGUGCGGGGACGGCAGGCUGAUAGACGUGAUCGACGAGGGCUGGCGCAAGGAACGUCUGCCCAUUGACGACAUCUCGACGCCGGUGGCCGAGCUGCCGGAUCCCGAGAGCGACAACGGCGACUCUCACAUGACGUUGAAGGAGCUGGAGCAGAAGUGGAAUAAUCUGGCGCUGAGCUCUCUCAGCGACAAUCAUCUGCACUCUCCGACGCCGCUGCACAACUGAACGUCGUUUUCAGUCUCCCCAAAAUCAGCCGGAAGACGUCAAUAAAGCCAUUUGUAAUCCUUGA